UCCAGGAAAACUGCACGGCCAUUCUUCCAAAUCUUCAGCACUCGACUAGCUAGCUAGCACUAGCAGGAGCCAUCAGCAGCCAUGGCGUCCACCACGGCGUCCACCACCACUACUACAGAAACCAGCUCUGGAAGUGCUGACUUCAACAACCUAGAUCUACUGCAAGUUGGCAAUGAUAGAAAGAAUCCCCACAAAUAUAUCUUUCGCCGAACGGAUUUUCGACGGCUGCCUCGAUGGCCAAAUGAUGGGAUUGACCAGGAAAACUCCCGAACAGACCGAAAGCAUUUUGAGGUUGCACAUCCCAAUGCUGAGCAGCAAGCGCUAACUGAACUCUUUGAUGGCUGCUGGAUCUAUGGAAUGCCAUUGGCUGAUAUGGACGAUGACGACCUUCCAAGAUCCAUGCCAUAUUUGAUGCAAGCUAAAGCCGCAAAAGCGACUGGAGAUCCAGAGGCAGCCAAACAACAUCUAAUCAAGCAAUACCAAGAGGGUAAUCGGAAAGUGCGCAAGCUCUUGGGAACAAUUGAGUGUAAAGAUGCAAUCCACAAGAGCUCUCGAGAUCCUCUUCGGUUCCCAGGUGUCUCAGCCAUAUUAUAUCCCUUGUUCAAUAAGAAUUUGGCGUCCGAAGCAAACAUUGAGCGAUUGUUUGGAGACAUCAAACGAGUCCUCUCAGCUGUCUUAGAAGUUGGAGUUUCAUUUGCACAGCCUCCUCCACCAAAUAGUCCCGCAGGUGCACUAAGAUCAGCCAUGCUCCAACCUGGACAGGUGGCUGCUGCAGACAAGGAGUGUGCCAAUUGUGAGACAAAGGGAGAUUAUUUGACUCGUUGUGCUGCGUGCAAGACUAUUCACUACUGUUGUAAAGAGUGCCAGAGAGCUGAUUGGAUCCUACAUCGACCCAGCUGCUUUGAGGCUCAGGGCAAGGAAGUAACCGAAAGGAUGCUAGAAAAGGCCAAAGCGGAAUAUCGGAGAAGACAAGCAGAUGAGCGGAAGGCUAAGAUGACUGCAGAUGCCCAAUACAAACAAAAACUACAAGAUUCCUUUGUAGCAUUGGCCAACGAGCCUGUGGAGGCUGUUAAUACCUAUUCAAAAGAAUGCGAUGGGCAUCGACGCAGGGUGGAUUUACCAUUUUCAGCACCGUUCAUUGAAUCCUGCGUCGCUGCCAUGUUGGAGCUCCAGUACGAAUCUGAAUUGAGCCUUGGAAUGUUUCCUGAUGGCAUUGAUCAUGAAAAAUACUCAGGAAGGGGUGCAUUGAUCAGAUAUCCCUCCAAUGGUGCCAAGCUAAUCAUCCUUCAUGAACGGCUGUUUGAAGAUGGUGAUGGUAAUUUGAAUGGCCAUGCCUUGGAGGGAAUCUUUGUAGUUCACAAGGUCAACCGCAAAAAGAAUCGAGCAGUUUGGAGAAUGGUGACAAAACCGAACUACAGAAAGAAUCAAAGUCGACUGGAACGGUUCCAGAGUUAUCUGGAGGAGGCCAAGGGACAAGCAAUGCCUGUACCCGAAGAAGUUGAUUUGGGUAUCCACAACCCUGGUGAUUUCAAUCUUACGUUUGUCUCUACGCCAUUUGGAGACCAUUGUUCCAUAGAAUAAGAUAUGAUUGCUGGUACUUCAUUGCUAGACUAGACCUAGUACAAAUAGUUGCACAUCUUAACCUAG